CCUGAGUCUGCAGUCGGGACACGAUCUCCUUCCGGGCCUUCAUCACGGCGUCCAGCUUCCCAGAAACCAUGAUGGACAGACCCUGGUCUUUUGCUAAGGAAUUUUGCUUCCCCAAGUUCUCAAGAUCCAUCUGGAAGUGGUUAACUACAACUCUGAUGUCAGACCAAGCACACAUUUGGAGAUCUUCCACAGAACAGGCCUUGGAGGGGAAUUCGGUGCAUGCAUGGAGGAGCCAGCAGCUCUAAGGACUGAUGGGGGAAAUAGAGGGUUCCUAUCGAGUUCUGCAGACCCCAGGUACGAGGCUGGGAGCCCAGUUUAAUGCAGGGAUCAGCACCCUGGAGCCCGGCCAAAGUCUCAGCGGUAACAUGGUCAGUGGGAGCAGGGGCCAUGGUCGAGGCCUGCAGGUCCGUGUGCAGGGCCUGGAUGAUUCCCAGGAGUUCUUUGACAUCGAUCCAAAAGCUCUUGGACAGACUCUCCUUUCGAAGGUUUUCAUCAGAGGUAACCUCAUGGAGAGCGAUUACUUUGGCCUGGAGUUUCAGAACAUGCAGAUGAUGUGGGUUUGGCUGGAACCCACCAAGCCCAUUGCAAAACAAGUCCGAAAACCGGCAAACACGCUGUUCAGACUGUCCGUGAAGUUCUUCCCCCCUGACCCCGGCCAGCUCCAGGAAGAGUACACCAGGUACCUAUUCUCUCUGCAGAUGAAAAGAGAUCUGAUGGAGGGCCGGCUGAUCUGCUCUGAAAAUACAGGAGCGCUGCUCGCUUCCCAUCUGGUUCAGUCGGAGAUUGGCGACUAUGAUGAUGUCGCAGACAGGGACUUCCUGAAGGCAAACAACCUGCUGCCGUACCAAGACAAGGUGCAAGAGAUAAUCAUGGAGCUCCACCGCAGGCAUUUGGGGCAGACUCCCGCAGAGUCGGACUUUCAGAUCCUGGAGAUUGCUCGUAAACUGGAAAUGUACGGCGUUCGCUUUCACCCAGCCUCUGACCGCGAGGGCACCAAGAUCAAUCUGGCUGUGGCUCACAUGGGUCUUCAGGUGUUCCAGGGACACACAAAAAUAAAUACCUUCAACUGGUCCAAGAUUCGCAAACUGAGCUUCAAGCGGAAACGCUUUCUGAUCAAACUCCACCCAGAGGUCCAUGGCCCACAUCAAGAUAUUCUUGAAUUCUUGAUGUCCAGUCGAGAUCAGUGUAAGGUCUUUUGGAAGAUCUGUGUGGAAUACCACUCCUUCUUCCGCUUGUUUGAUCAGCCGCAGCCCAAGUCCAAAGCCAUCCUCUUCACCAGAGGCUCUUCGUUCCGAUACAGUGGGAGGACCCAGAAGCAGCUUGUGGAAUACGUCAGGGAAAGCGGACAGAAGAGAACCCCCUACCAGAGGAGGAACAGUAAAAUAGGAAUGUCAUCUCGCUCCUUUACAACCGAUGUGCCAAAACAGCACUUGUCAUUCAAUGACAGCCUCAGGGCCGCAGGCUCCCCCCUCUCCACCGCUUCGCCCUUCCACCCGGCCCACACGUCCAGCGUCCCGCCUCGAGCUGAACUACAACAAAAGCCCCAGCCUUUGUCGCCUCCGAGCCAAACUGCAGCAGCGCCUCCUCCGCGGCUUCACUCCCCUCUGCGAGCUCCUAGAGCCCCCAGCCCUCCAAAGGAAGACCCAGUCAAGGCUGCUUCCCCUCCACACUACUCUUUUCAAGAUACAGUAGUGGAAAGUCCUCAGCUCUCCCCCUUCACCUCCAAGGAGCCUCUCUGCAUGUCGCCCUCCUUCCAGAUGUCGACCCUCAGCCUGCCCAGCCAGGCGCCGUCGCCCCUGCAAAGCCCCUUACUGAGCGAGGUGGGCAGCAAUGCCAGGCUAGAGGAGGAGGAGGAGGGCAGGAGGAAGCGAUAUCCCACCGACAAGGCCUACUUCAUUGCCAAAGAGAUUCUGACCACGGAGAGAACCUACCUGAAGGACCUGGAGGUCAUCACUGUGUGGUUCCGCAGCGCCGUGAUCAAAGAGAACGCCAUGCCUGAAGGCUUGAUGACCCUCCUCUUCUCUAACAUCGACCCCAUCUACGAGUUCCACAGAGGCUUCCUGAAGGAGCUGGACCAGAGGCUGGCUCUCUGGGAGGGGCGUUCCAACGCUCAUGUCAAGGGAGAUUACCAGAGGAUUGGUGACGUGAUGCUGAAGAACAUGUGUGCUCUGAAGGAGUUCACCAGCUUCCUCCAGAAGCACGACGAGGUGUUGACAGAACUGGAGAAGGCCUCCAAGAGGCUGAAGAAGCUGGAGAUGGUCUACAAAGAGUUUGAGCUGCAGAAGGUGUGCUACCUGCCCCUCAACACCUUCCUGCUGAAGCCCAUCCAGCGCCUCAUGCACUACAAGCUCAUCCUGGAGAGACUGUGCAAGCAUUACUCCCCCGCUCACCGGGACUUUGACGACUGCAAAAAAGCCUUGAAGGAGGUGGCAGAGAUUGCCACUCAGCUUCAGAGCAGUCUGAUCCGGCUGGAGAACUUCCAGAAGCUCACGGAGCUGCAGAGAGACCUGAUAGGGAUUGAGAACCUGACGGCCCCGGGCCGCGAGUUCAUCAGGGAGGGAUGCCUGUACAAGCUCACCAAGAAGGGCCUGCAGCAGAGAAUGUUUUUCCUGUUCUCGGACAUGCUCCUUUACACAAGCAAAGGCGUGACGGCAACCAAUCAGUUCAAAGUGCACGGACAGCUGCCCCUGCAGGGCAUGAUCGUGGAGGAAAGUGAAAACGAGUGGUCGGUUCCACAUUGUUUCACCAUCUACUCAGCUCAGAGGACCAUCGUCGUAGCUGCCAGCUCUAAAGUGGAGAUGGGGAAGUGGAUCGAGGACCUGAACAUGGCUAUUGACUUGGCGAAGAAGUCUCAGGAGAAAUCCAGGUUCUUCCUGGACGCCAGCCUCGCCGACCGCUCCAAUCGAUCAUCAGACGAGGUCUCUCUGGAGCAGGAGUCGGAGGAUGACAUGAACUCCUCUCACACUUCUCUGGACAAGCAGACUCACCACCGUGCCAACACAACCAUGCAUGUGUGCUGGCACCGCAACACCAGUGUGUCAAUGUCCGACCACAGCCUGGCUGUGGAGAACCAGCUGUCGGGGUAUCUGCUGAGGAAGUUCAAGAACAGCAACGGCUGGCAGAAGCUUUGGGUCGUCUUUACCAACUUCUGCCUCUUCUUCUACAAGACUCACCAGGACGACUUCCCGCUGGCCAGCCUCCCGCUGCUCGGCUACACGGUCAGCACCCCCGAGGAGUCUGACGGCAUCCACAAGGAGUACGUCUUCAAGCUGCAGUUCAAGUCGCACGUUUACUUCUUCAGGGCGGAGAGCGAGUACACCUUUGAGAGAUGGAUGGAGGUGAUCAAGAGCGCGGCCAGCACCGCCGGCCGCAUGGGCCUCCUCAUUCCCAAGGGCGGGCCCGCCGAGGUCAACGGGAACUGAGGGCGGCGCGUCUGGAGGCUGGGCCUCCGGGUCGGGGCGCCGCGUCGCCACCUCAGCGCUAACGCUCCUCAGAGUCGUUCUAAUGGUUUGUUCAGUAGAGGUAACGAUCAUAACCGCUGUGUCAGGACAUAACUCUGAGCGUUUCUCAUCUUUGCAUGUGUGGCGCUCCGUCUGUCAUUCUCAAACCCAGUUUUCUUGGACCAACUACAAACUAAAUUCAGCGUUUGAAGGACUUUUGUUGACUGAAGUUUAGAAGGAAGCGGAGGAGCAGGACACGAAGGCGCAGCUACGUUCUUUGUUUGGGGAUGAUGGGAGUUUGGGGGAGGAGCAAACAGGAAGCAGUGAAAUGUUGAGCCAUGUCGGAUGAGUUGGAAGCUAGAAAGUUCUAGAAAGUUCUGCCGGUACGAGAGCUUCUCUUUAAAGGUCACAGAGGGUGCUUCACGACUCUCAUGACGUCAUCUCGUUUGGUUUGGGAUUACACUUCUGUUGCUCAAUGGUGUCAGAUUAACAACCCAAACUUGUCUGAAGAAACUCAGAAGCAGCUGAAGUGUUUUAGCAUGUUAUUUCCUACACAUUUUCUAUGAAGACUGGAAUAUUUACCCUCUUUGUUUGUUGUUCUUGUGGAGAUGUUGAAGUGAUGGAGGACCCCUCCAGUCGUUUGUGUGACAGUCUGCUGCACAGUUAACAUCCAUCCUAUUUAUUGUAUAGAUCAGGUUCUCCCUCAAUGUAGACUUCAUGUUAUUCCACUGAAAACCUAACGAAUAAACUGAGUUUGAAUCCUG